UUAUUUGCACUACAAGUGGCGCUCACUGCUCUUUGGUUAUCAUGGAAUGUCUACCCGAAAGUGAUUGUUGGUCACUCGGUUGGUGAAAUAGCCGCGGCUUAUAUCAAUGGUCAUUUCACACUGAAAGAAGCAUGUGAAAUAGUCUAUCAUCGUUCACGUUUGCAACAUCGAAAUACAAGACAACAUGGACGAAUGUUGGCUGUUUCCAUGAAUGCACAAGAGGCAAAUGUAUUGUUGGAAGGGAUAGAAGAUCGUGUUUCUAUUGCUGCUAUCAAUAGUCCACAAUCUGUUACAAUGAGUGGUGAUAGUAAAACACUGGAAGAGUUAGAUGAAAUAUUAACGGUGCUAAAACCCAAAAUAUUUAAAUCAUGGUUAAAAAUCGAAAACGCAUUUCAUAGUCAACAAAUGGAGCGUUUUAAUAUUCAACAAGAUCUGCUCGAGUCUCUUAAACAUAUUCGAGGCGAUGGUAAUUUUAAAAAUGAACAGAAAUUCGAUUCAAAAUGUCUACAAGCUAAGUUAUAUUCAAGUGUUACUGGUCUAGAAUGUGAUAGUUCAACUCUAUUUAAUGGUGCUUAUUGGUGGACGAACAUAAGACAAACAGUUCAGUUUCAUAGAGUUAUGAGUUCAAUAAUUUCAAAUGAUACUGCUCAUUCACCACCUCAUGUCUAUUUGAAACUAUCACCACAUCCUGUUCUGGCUACGUCUAUUCAGGAAUGCUUAGGUCAAUUAUCACCACCGUCGUCAUCAUCUCCUCCUCUAAUUUUACAUUUUGCAAAACGAAAAGACAACGAACAACAAACAAUAUUGACAAAUCUAUGUCAUUUAAACAUAAAUUUAAAACAAUUUUGGUUAUCACGUUAUUAUUCAAAACGAUUGUCCUCCUAUUCAAUGUUAAAUAAUAAUGAACUUGAUACUGUACCAUUGUACACAUUUAAUAACAGUGAAUAUUAUUGGCAUGAAUCGUCUGAAUCUAUAAUUGAAAGACGGGCUAAAAGACAAGAAUGUCACCCACUAUUAGGUCAGCGUUUAUGGUCAAACCAACAAUUACCAACAUGGAAAUCAAUAAUUAAUUUACAAACAGCAAAACAUGCUUAUCUUAUAGAUCAUCAAGUACAG